UACUAGCAGUGACAACGAAAGAACACACGGGCAGGGAAGGGCUGUGGAUUUGUUUGGCCCCUAGUCUGAAACUGACCCCCGACCGUGCUGCUGGAAAUCAUAAGAAAUCCUGGGGACAUUGAUAAGUAUGGGGAAUGGAGAGAGUGGGUGCGCUGGUGGCAGCGGUGACGAAGAAGAUGUCGAGACGGAAAGCCCAGGUUUUGCGGAAGGCAGCCCGGCCUCUGCGGCCACGGGCGCAGGGGCUGGCAGUGGCGGAGGUUCUGGCUCAGCAAGAAACGGAAGGGGAUCGAAUAACCCUACAGUACCGUGUAGCGGGCUGCCCACCCCGGGGGACCUGUUAGAGCAAGUCAAACUUAGGGAGGCAGCGGCCCGUAUGAGCGACUCAUGGGUCGCCAUAUCAGAGUCGGUCCUUACCCGGAAUGAGGGCGCUCUGGUGCGGUGGCUGGAGGAACGCCUUGCCCGGGGAGAGGAAUCGGUAACCGUGGAGCAGUUCUGUGAGAUGCUAGAAAGCAGGGACGCUCCGAGAGAAGAGUGCGAGGAGGCCUUUGGGCAGUUUGAUGCGGAGGGAGAUGGCUUUGUGGAUGUGGACACUAUGCUUCUGGCCCUGAAGAACUGCAACGGGGCCAACCUACAGGGAGAACUCAGCCACGUGAUCAGACAGCUCCAAGCCUGCUCUCUCACACCAGGGUUUGUUGACAUUUUCUCCAAGUCGAAGGAUCGACUGGGCGACCACGCAUCCAAGAUUCUGAAGUUCCUCCAUCGGAAUCGGAUCCCCAGCAACGCCAUUCCUUUCCCCCUCCUGGAGGGCUACAACAGCAUCUGCACCAUGAGGGCAAAGGUCAUGCAAGAUUAUCUGGACUACCUGCAGCAGAAAGAGAAAGAUCUAGACAUCCAGUACAGAGCAGACUUCCACCGUGACCCGGAAGUGGAGAAGGUGAAGGUGGUCUCCCAGUGCUUCAGCCUCAUCGAAGUCUCCUCCAACACCCACGAAGCCAGCAAGAUGACCAAUGGAGAAACCACAUCCUACUGGCAGUCGGAUGGCAGUGCCCGCUCUCACUGGAUCAGGCUGAAGAUGAAGCCGGACGUGGUGCUGAGGCGUCUGUCCAUCGCGGUGGCGUCCAGCGACCACAGCUACAUGCCCCAGCUGGUGUCGGUGGCGGUUGGCAAGAACCGGCACCUGCUGCAGGAGAUCCGAGAGGUGCGCAUCCCCAGCAACGUCAUGGGCUACGUGGCCCUGCUGGAGAACGCCAACAUCAGCCACCCGUAUGUGCAAAUCAACAUCAAGCGGUGUCUGAGCGACGGCUGCGACACGCGCAUCCACGGCCUGAAGACCAUGGGCUACCAGAUCACCAAGAGCAAGGAGGUCUCGGUCACCGACGCCUCCGCCAUCUGGUACCUGUCCCUGCUGACCUCCCUGGUCACCGCGUCCAUGGAGACCAACCCCGUCCUGGCUCAGACGGUCCUGCAGAACACUCAGAAAGCCUUACAGCACAUGCCCCCUCUGUCCCUCACGCCAGCUUCCACCGAGUUCCCCAAGUUCUUCUCCGCAAACGUCCUGGAAGAAGUGGAUGGCUUCCUCCUCCGAAUAGCAGACUGUUGUGUGACUCCGGAUGCAGAGCUGACGCUGCUGGCCUUCGCCCUGGCCCGGGGCAGCGUGGCCAAGAUCCUGCAGUCCCUCUCGGGCAUCUGUGACCACCUGCACCUGGAGUACCGCGCCUCCUCCCUCCUCAAGGCCAUGGCUGCCGUCCGGCUACGCCUGCUGCACAGACACGGGAAGCCCCUCCAGCUGCGGCUACAGGCCUGUGAUGUGAAGGGGAAAGAGGAGAAGUCUGGCCCUGAGAGCAUGCUGACUGAGCCCAACACUGGAGAUGGUUUCCUCACCGAGGCCGGUAAGAAGAGAGCCAGCGUGAUUCUUUCCACGGAGGACCAAAGCAGCUUCCAGGUCACGCAGAUAAAGAUCAAAGUGCGCAAAGGAGCAAUUGGUGCCAAGUGUGGGCUUGUUUUUGCCUACAACGACUCAGACACUUUCAACGCAGAGAAACAUUUUAAACGCUUCAAGAGGUACGAUUCAUGGGAUUACAAGGACUACAAGGACUUUGUGCAGAAAGGCUCCAAUGGCAGUGGCAGCGGCAGCAGCACCAAUGGCAGUGGAGCGGGGCAGGCGGAGGAGGAGCCCAUUGGCUGCUUCGAGCUGGAGGACGACUGGAACGACGUGGAGAUCAAGCUGCGCCAGUGUCGGGUGUCAAAGUUCCUGAUGGUGAAGUUCCUGUGUGCGCGGCAGGAGUCUGCGGAGCGGCUAGGGGUGCAGCAGGUGAGCUUCAGCGGCUACCUGUGUCCCGGCGCCGACCAAUCAGAGCCCCUGGAGGACCUGAACCCUGACCCAGAGGGGGCGGAGCUAGACCUAAUCAGCGGACACACCCUCCUGAGGAAGACACUUUUCUUCAUCCAGCAGCUCACAAGAGACCUGGAUUCUUCCCUUUACAAGCAGAAGUUCCUGCUCGACUUCAGCGGUUUAAACCUGCAUCUCUUCUGGAGCUUCUACAACAAACUCAGGAAUAUUGAGGGUGAGGAGGUGGUGAAGACGAGGGUGCUGCUCCUUCAGCUGCUGCAGAAUUGCUUCCCUGUGCUGCCAGGCCCCUCUCCCCUGCAGAGCCCAGAAGACACCCCUGCCCUCGCCGCUACAGCCCCUGCUGCUGCUGCUGCCGCCGCGGCUGCUGAUGCCCCUGCUGCUGCCUCUGCUGCCAGCGCCAUGAGCCUGGCAGAUAGGGAACACUCAGAGGCCGUUUGGGAGCUCUACACCCACCUGUGUCAGGUGGUGGACAGUCCGGAGGGGGAGAGUGCGGCAGACAAAGGGCUGAGAUGGGAAGCCAUCAAGGCUAUCCUCAAUGGAGCCGUCAUAUUCUUCCCUCACAAACAGAGCCGGAGGGACAAACUCUUUGACCUGAUGACGAGCAUCACUGAGGAGGACCAACUGGAGUCUGUUAAGCUCACGUUCGAGUCUCUUUGUAACUACUUCAGUGACAAGGACCCCAGCGGUCUGCUUCUGUUGCCCCCUAAGGACGCCCCCGCGGACUUCAACAUCAGCCCCGUGCUGAGCGUCAUGGACACCCUCAUACGGGUUGCCAUGAGGGAGUGUGAGGCGGUGAUGGUGGAGCAGAGUAAGGGCCCGAGUCGUAAGGUGCUGCUGUCCCUGUACUGGGCCCUGCAGGGCAACCUCCUCUCCUGGUGCUACCUGCAGCUGAAGGGAGGCCAGCCCACCGCCUGCGAACUGGCCAAGGCCAUCCUCACAGAGUAUGUUCACCAGUUCCUGACGGGGGUGCGUACCAUGCUGUCGUCCCUGCUGCAGCACCACAGCAGUACGGAGCUCAUGGACAAGCUCAGUGGCUCCAUCAUGGCCAUCGCCACCAGGCAGCUGAUCAUCUUCCUGCUGGAGCUGUGUUCUCUGGACAUCCCCCACUGUGGCCUGCUGCACAGCUUCUGCUCUGUGGUGGAGCUGCUGUCCAGCCUCUCCUGUGACACUGGGGACAUCUUCUCCUCGACGGAUGUGGAGACCUGUCAGCAGCCGCUGCAGCCUGUGGUGCUGAAGACGUGGGACAUGGAGUCGCUCCACAAUUACGAGAACGGCCAGCACGAGACCACCGUCUUCGUCUGCCCCGGCGCCACCUCCUUCGAGGUGGAGUUUGAUGAUCGCUGCGAAACCGAGAAGAGGUAUGAUUACCUGGAGUUCACUGAUGCAAGAGGCGGCAAGGUUCGAUACGACAUGAAGGUCGGCACAGAGAAAUGGCCAAAGAAAGUGACAUUCAAAGGCGGUCCCCAGCUGCAGUUCCUCUUCCACUCGGACAGCAGUAAUAACGAGUGGGGCUACAAGUUCAAUGUGACGGCGUACGGCCUACCGGACGUCACCGUGUCCUGGAUCUCCGACCUGCAGCUGCUGGUGUCCAGGCUCAUGGGGCAUCUGGCAUCCCGCACCAUGGCCCUCAAGACACCACAGGACACACUUGAAGGCAAAGAGCAGCCUGCUGCCAAGAUGAAUCAUGUUCUCUCGUCAACACUGUGGAAGUCCAUCUUCAGACACGGCCUCGCCAACACAGACUCCAAGUUCCAGGACAAUGAAAAGGUGGAGCUGGAGGAUGGUCUGGUGAGCUUCCUGGUGGCCUUUGCCAAAUGGGAGCCAACUCAUGAGUGUCCCGACGCCGCCACGGAGCUGCUGCGGACCCUCAUGCUCACCGCCAAGAAGAUGGCCGUUAGGAACGAGAUCGCCGGCGGUGCCAAAGUGGACCAGGCCGUCAACGCCGUGUGGGCCGCCAUGGUCUACCACAUGCCUGCCCUCCACCCCAGCCUUAAACACUACGUAUCCAAGGGUGGGCAGGCCACUCUCCCAGAGGAUCUGGUCCAGGUUUACAAGCUGGCAGACGGAAUCCGAACUUGGAUGUUGGAGAUGAAACAACGCUACAUUGUGAAGAAGAUGAACGUGGUGGAGGAGCAAGGGAAGGAGCAGGGAGAGAUCAGCAUGGAGUCCUUAGCGGAGGUGUGCAUUGAGAAGAGCCUCCUGCUCUUCCGGUUUACCCCCAGGGGAGUGUACUCUCAGAUGUCCGAGACCUGCAGAUCAGAAGGGGCCGCUGGCUCGAACCCUCUGCUCCGCUCAGUCUCCAUAUCCGAGGCCGACUUCCAGGCCAGCCCGGACACCCCUACCCAGGCAACAAAGCCUGAGGCUGGGGCUGGCAGCGCUGCUGCUUCCCCUGCGCUUGUGCCUGCUGGAGCUGCUGCCACCACAGAGUCCGCCAACACACCAGGACAGUCUCACCCUGGCCAGGUGAAGUCGCAGUUGUCCUCCACGUCUGACCUUGGAGCUUCCAACAGCAGCAGCACCAUCAGUAGCAGCAGCAGCAGCAACACCACCAAUGGCAUUAGCAAGAGCAGCAGUAGUAGUGGAACCACCAAAGCACCCAGAAGCUCCACGGAGAGUGUGGUGGCAGCAGCCUCAGCAGCAACAACAGCAUCAGCAAUGGUUGGGGCCCAGGGAGGGGAGCCGGUGUCUCCCGCGGCCCUGCAGCGGCGCUCCAUCUUCAGCCGCGAGCGCCUCCGCCUGCUCUCCUUCCGCUCCAUGGAGGAGCCGCGCAUGGCCCCCUCCGUCAAGGACCGCCACCCCAUCCUCAAGGACAUCCUCAACUUUAUGAAGGACCAGCCCAUCACCGUGGCCAGUGUGGUUCAGACCUUGGCCCUGAAGAAGGCUCAGGCCCAGAGCGUGUGCAAGGUGCUGGAGACGGUGCAGUGGUGUCUGCGCGCCAUGGGGAAGCCCCACCUCUUCCAGGCGCCCUGCAUCCUCUUCCUCCAGGAGCUGCUCGCCUGCCAGAAGGACUUCUCUAGUUAUUUCUCGCAGCUGUCUGGCUGUGGUCAGGACUUGCGUGACGAGGUGCGGCGCUCCUACCAUCGCCUGGUGCUGAUGCUGGUGGAGGCUGUGCAAACCUUUGGCAGCCUUAACACAAAGAUUCUGCUGCCUGCCUUGUCUUGCGUGCAGACGUGUCUUCUGCACCUGCUGGACAUGAGCUGGGAGGUGGAGGACCUCUCCCUCUUCCUGGACAUCAAGCUGCCGGACCUGCUGCUCACCAUGAGCCAGGAGAACAUCAGCGUACACGACAUCGCCAUCAGUCAGUGGACGGAGGAGGACGAGAUAGCGGAGCACGAGCGGAACAUGGAGUGGAUGGACGAGUGCAUGGACGGCAUGCUGGAGAAGUGGUACGACAAGGUGGUCCAGGGCACCGUGGAGAGCAGGAGGAAGAUGCACAUGUUCAUCGCGCGCUACUGUGACCUGCUUAAUGUGGAGAUCUCGUGUGACGGCUGCGAGAGGAUCGCCCCCUGGCACCGCUACCGCUGCCUACAGUGCACUGACAUGGACCUCUGCAAGACCUGCUUCCUCAGUGGUGCCAAGCCAGAGGGCCACGAGGACGACCACGAGAUGGUGAACAUGGAGUAUGCCUGCGACCACUGCCAGGGCCUCAUCGUGGGCAGCAGAAUCAACUGUAACGUCUGCGAGGACUUUGACCUGUGCUUCGGCUGCUACAACGCCAAGAAGUAUCCAGAUAGCCACCUCCCCACGCACCGCAUCACCGUGUAUCCGAUGGUCACCAUCCGCAUCAGUGACCGCCACCGCCUCAUCCAGCCCUACAUCCACAACUACUCCUGGCUGCUGUUCGCCGCCCUGGCCCUCUUCACCUCCGAGCUGACCAGCCGGCGCCCCAAGGAGGCCCACAGCCUGCACCAGCCCCAGCCCCCGCCCCUGCCCCCGCUCGCUCUGGAGCUGGCCGCCAAGCUGCAUGCCCGCUGCUCCGAGCUCAUCACCGAGUGCCUGCUCAAGGGUCAGACCGGCAAAGGUCUGAAGGCGUCUGCUCUCAUCUCCAUGUUGUCCUCGGCUGAAUCGACUACGGAGAGCGAAGUCGAGCCCUGCAGUCCUGUGGAGUCGUCCCAGGAGCUCAGCACCGCCACCAACACCACCACCACCACCACCACAGACACCUCCUCCCUCCCCGCCAGCACCACUGCCGUCUGCUCACCGACGCCCCCUAAAGACAAGAGGAAAAGCGCAGAGCAGGAGGCUGGAGAGGCGGCCCCGUCCCCCAAGGUGGAGGGCGAGCGGCCCGAGAAGAAGCUGGACUCCCAGGACACCCUGGACUCUGCCAGCCUCAGCCAGACUCCCUCCGUGUCCAGUGAGGGCACCCUUUCACCCGGAGUCAGAGCUCCAGAGUCUGAGGGGGAGACAGCUUCUUCUCCGGCCACGGAGACGUUGGAGGGUGAGAAGGUGGUGACGGAGGAGAAGACCGCCCGUAUGCCGCUGCAGGAGCACGUGUUUGCAGAGUGCUCCAGAGAGAGGAUCCUGGGACUGCUGGCCGCCAUGCUGCCUCCUGCCAAACAGGGCAGCAGUAUGUCCUUGAGCAGUCUGAGCUCCAUCCUUCCUCUCCUCUUCCGGGGUGUGAUCUCCAACGCUGGCUGCCUGAAUGAGACCUACCACCUGACCCUGGGCCUGCUGGGUCAGCUGCUGCUGCGCAUCCCCCCUGCCCAGGCCGAUGCCGCUGUCACAGAGGCCCUCGCCGACAAGUACGAGCUGCUGAAUCUGGGAGACGGUGGAGGGGCCGCAGGCGGAGCUCCAACACCGGGAUGGAAAACCACACAGCUGCUCUUCAGUCUGGGAGCAGUGUGCCUGGACAGCCGAAUUGGUCUGGAUUGGGCGUGCACGGUGGCGGACAUCUUGCGUGACCUGAACGUGUGUCCCCAGUGGAGCGGGGUGCUGGCCGGCUUCACUGACCACUGCAUCCAGCAGCUGCCACACACUCUCAAACGCACCAACCUCUUCACACUCCUGGUGCUCGUGGGCUUCCCUGAGGUUCUGUGCAUGGGCACUCAGUCAGUGUUCAUUGACAAUGCCAACGAGCAGCAUAACAUGAUCCUGCUGAAGCACUUUACGGAGAAGAACCGGGCUGCCGUGGUGGACGUCAAGACACGCAAGAGGCGCACUGUGAAGGACUACCAGCUGGUACAGCAGCACGACCGCAGCAGCAGUGCCGCUGACUCCUCCCCCUCUACCUGCUCCUAUGGAGACAGCCCCGCCCCCAGCCCAGGCUCCGCCCACCUGUGCCGCUACCUGCAGCACUUCAUCACGGUGAUCAGCCACCUGCUGCAGACAGGGGUGGAUAGCUCCGCCCCCGACGCUGUGGAGGCUACCUGGGUGCUGUCCCUCGCACUCAAGGGGCUCUACAACACACUCAAGAAGCACGGCGUGGCCCAGGCGCAGGAGGCCAUCCAGAGCUCGGGCCUGACCCAGCUCCUGGUGCGCAAGUGCAGCAAAGGCACGGGCUUCAGCAAGAUGUGGCUCCUCCGAGACCUGGAGAUCCUCUCCAUCAUGCUCUACUCCUCCAAGAGAGAGAUCCACUCCAUGGCCGAGGACACGGACGCCGAGGGAGAGCGAGGAGACGACGAGGAUGACGAAGAAGAGGAUGAGGAGGGAGAGGAGAACGGAGAGAGGAGGAGACAGAAGGGGCAUGACUCGGAUCAUUCGAGCUGCGGCGACAAUGACAAUGAGAACACCGGGCCGGACCCGCUGGAAGGGUUGGACGAGGAGACCAAGAUCUGCUUCCAGAUUACCCAUGAUGCCUUGAAUGCGCCGCUGCAUAUCCUCAGGGCCAUGUACGAGCUGCAGAUGAAGAGGACCGACUCCUUCUUCCUGGAGGUCCAGAAGAGGUUUGAUGGAGACCGGAUCAAGACUGACGAGGCCAUCCGCACCCUGGCCCAGAAGUGGCAGCCCACCAAAGCCCCCCGAUCUGUCACCACCAAGGCCGUGGACACAGACAUGGUCGUAGUGCCGUGUGUGUCCAAGCCGAGCCGGUGCGAGAAGGCGACGGAGGAGAGCAACAUGGUGACCCAGAAGCUGAUCACCAACACGGAGAGCGACCUGCAGCUGAGCUACGCCAAGCAGCGCCGCACCAAGAGCUCCGCCCUGCUGCACAAGGAGCUGGACGCCCGCAGCAACAAGGCCGUGAGGCAGUACCUCGUCAAGGUGAACGAGGCCAUUGCCAUCCUGUAUGCGCGGCACGUGCUGGCGUCUCUGUUGGCCGACUGGCCUUCGGGGGCCCCCAUUAGCGAGGAGCAUCUGGAGCUCAGCGGGGCCUCCCACCUGGCCUACAUCCUGGACAUGCUCAUGCAGCUGGAGGAAAGACCGCUCUGGGAGAGGAUCCUGCAGAAGGUGUUGACUGGCUGUGGUGAGAGCAUGCUGAGCAGUCUCUCCCUGACGGCCUGCCAGUUCAUGGAGGAGCCGGGCAUGGCAGUGCAGGUGCGGGAGUCCAAGCACCCCUACGACAACGACACCAACUUCCAGGACAAGGUGCACAUCCCGGGUGCCAUCUACCUGUCGGUGAAGUUCGACCCGCGCUGCCACACGGAGGAGGGCUGUGACGAGCUGCUCAUGUCCAGCAGCGGAGACUUCCUGCAGGACCUCCACAACUUCAGCGGCUUCCACCAGAAGUGGACCGACUUCGAGAUCCCCGGGGACACCCUCCACUACCGCUUCGUGUCGGACAUGAGCAACACGGAGUGGGGCUACAAGUUCACUGUGACCGGCGGCCAUCGGGGACGCUUCCAAACAGGUUUUGAGAUCCUGAAGCAGAUGUUGUUGGAUGAGCGUGCGCUGGGUCACCUGCCGCUGGCCGACAUCUGGGAGUGGCAGGUGGGCGUGGCCUGCAGGCAGACGGGCAACCAGCGCCUCAAGGCCAUCCACCUGCUGCUGCGCAUCCUGCACUGCCCCACGCACUGGGCGUGUGACCUGUCUCUGCUGCGGCCGCUCUUCCUGCUCUUCAGCUCCAUGGAGAGUGCUGCCAACAAGGACGCCACCAGCCUCACCAACCUGCUGCUGCCCCAGCACCGGGCCCUCACCGAGCUCUUCUUCAUCGCAGAGGCCAAGGCUAUGGAGCAAGGCAUCCUCCAGGAGUACCUACUCGCCCUCACCACCAAGGAACAGUUAAUCAACCACACCACACAGGCUCUGAAGAACAUUGCUGCCAUCAGCCUGGCUAUCAAUUACCCAAACAAGUCCACCAAACUUCUUGCCACCUCUCCUUAAAGGGAAUGAGGGAUGAAAAGAAAAGCCAAGGAAGGAGGAGGAAGAGGAGGUCGGAGUUUGGCAGUUGGAGAUGAAGGAAAGAACUUCCCCAACAUCAUCCUCCCCACCCGCCAUCCCUAACAGGACGCUGUGGGGAAGAAAACUUUGGGAUGGAGGGGGGGGGACUCGACUCUUGAUGUCUUCCAGAAGAAAUCCUGCCUGUAAAAGGAAUCACUUCCACUGUCUGUCCAAACAAAUAGGGCGAAGAAUUAAGGGAUGUAUUUUUCUAUUUUUUAAUCUCUUUUUUGUUGUCGUUUCGUUGUUGUGUAUGAUUGUCGACGACGUACUUGCAUCGCCCUCCCGAUCACAACAGUUGUUGCCUUAGGUGAAAUGCAGUGCAUAACUAUAUCACUAGAAGACAUGUGGGAUGGGGGGUGGGGGGUUUGAGAGAGGAGGGUAGCGAUGGCUAUGCUAUCCCGUGUUCAGAUACGUUUUCUUGUUUGGUUUAGCUUCACAAGCUGUAUUACUUGAAGUAUUUUUUAUUUUAGGUUUUUUAUCGCCCAUGAAAGUGUGCCAAAUUUUGCCACAUUUACUUCUGAGAGGGUUCUCUUUUUGUUUCUCUCUUUUUUUUUUUAAAGAAAAUGACAAGCCACCCUUGGUGAGACAAUCGAUCAUCGCAAAAAGCAGGUCACCUUGCUUGCCUCUUUCUGUGUUUUUGUCUUCUCUCUCUCUCUCUCUCUCUCUCUCUCUCUCUCUCUCUCUCUCUCUCUCUCUCUCUCUCUCUCUCUCUCUCUCUCUUCUCUGCUAUGUCUCCUGGUGGACACGCUGCCUAAAAAUACCCAAACACAGUUGCUCCCCGCUCCGGAGCCUCAUCAGUCAUGCUGGCCUAAAGACCAGGCUCUCAAUAGCACCCGUGCGUACCGCGUUAACAAAAACUCUUUUCUCUUUUCCUUCAGCCUUCCUUUUCUAACCCAUGGCUCUCUCCUUCAGGUGACUUGCUUGCUUUGGAAGAAACCCCUCACACCAUGGGCAUCUAGAUUUAAAGAGAUGUCACACCUUGGUAAGAGGUGCCAAAUCCCGGUUCAGAAAGUUAAGAACCCUGCCACAAAUUUUAGACAGCCUGCUCUGCAUCAGCUUAUCCUAAUGAGUAUUCUCGACAGGUAGGUCAGUUAGGCCGGGGGACGUGCUUGCUGUGAGCCUUACAUUACGCACACAACCGCGUAUGACAGUGUGCACAUACUUGCUUCAGAAUGGUCCGAGCAAAACGCACGAUACUGGAGAUGUCAUGUAGCAAGCAGAUGGCCAACAGGGGCUUUCAUUACGAUUUUUGACUCUACCGCAACCUCAACUUGGAAGUUCGGAAGAUCGCCCCUCGCCGUUCUGUUAAUAUUGCACUGUACGCACUUGUCUGGAUACAAACAUUGUGUCUGGUGCUCUACCGCACACGAAAUUGACAUAACAUUCGCAUGACAAUGGGCAUUCGUAUCCAACAGCAAGCAUGUCCCCCACCUUCCUCUGUGACGUCACCUGUCUUGGAAGGUAACUGUGGCAGGUUUUUUUUUUUUUUUUAACUUUUUGGACCUGGAUUCGGGACCUCUGCACCUUUGAUAAUGGCUGACUAGCUGCUAGGAGAGCUACGAAGAGAAGUCCAGAAAGGGAAAGUGCCAUAAACAUUACACAAGGGAGUUUGGUCUCACAAUAUAAAACACAAACUCAUGCCAUGUCAUGUUUUUCAGGGGGGAAGAAAGAAAGAAAUUAUGAAUUGGUUGGAAUGCCAUGCUGAAUAAUAGUCAUAACACGAUCAACUCUUCCUUUGUGAAACAUGUGAUUUUAAACUAAGUACGUGUGUGUGGUGUGCUUAGGGGGCAACACUGGUGCUGCACAGCCUUUUGCACAGUCUAUUUCUUCCUGCUUCACGGAGACAGACAGAAGGAAAGAGAUGGAUGGAGAAGGAGAGAGAAUGAUAGAGGGAGGGAAAGAGAGAGUAGCAAGUAUCCAGUGUAGGUUCCCUGGCUAGUGCACAAGCACAUUUGCAUGAUGUGAUGUGUCCUGUGGUUGAUUUGUGAAAUAAUGAUUUCGCAUUUGCAUAGUAGCAUCGCACACAACACCCCUACUAACCUCUUUCUGUCUCAAACACACACACACUCACACACAAACAGGAUUUUAGGAUUAGGAUUCUGGUCUCUCCACCUGUGUGCUGGUUACUCAGCUUUUUAAAAGUUUGAGUGUGUGAUUUUGUGGUUUAUUUAAAGAAUUGAUGCUGCCCAUUCAUGAAUGUUGCCCAUUUCAUGUUUAUGUACUACCACCACCAAUUUCUAAAUAUUCGUCAUAAUUUGGAAAGUAACACUUUUUUUCAUCCAUAACAAGGUGGAUCUUCUCCAUGUUCGCCAUUUUUAAUUGCUCAUCCAUAGACUUCUGUGCUGUACUUUGGUCAGUCCAGAAAAUUUUAGUUUAUUACAGAGUAAGUAUUCAUGAAAAGAUCACAUUUGUGAAUGGGCAGCAUACAUAUUGCAAAGAAACGUCUGAAAUUACAUUGCAAAGAAAUGGCAAUUACAUACUAUAAAGCUGUAAGCUGUCUAAACAACACAUCAAAUGUGUGCUCCUUCACUUCACACACAGUCAUGUUGCUGAUCUUAAAAAAAACCCAACUUUGGCGAGAUGGAGACAAACAUCCAUUCACUUCUUUUUAUAUAAUAUUAACUGCAUGAAUCUCAUAUUGUGGAGGAAACGGUAUCACUUUAUCCAUUAGCUCAGUGUCUAUCAGCUGCUUCGGGUGGACGGACAAGAAUGUACUCUUACAAUCUAUUUACAAUCUCACUAUACACUGUCACACAUGCCAAUAUCAUUACUAUUAUUAUUUUGUUUCACGAGACCUCAUAGCGGUCGUGUAUAGAAAUUUAACCGUCAUUAUGUAGAUGCAUUUAGAUAUUUAUUUUUCUUUUUUUUAAUUUUCAUUUUAGUUGAGUGUGUGUGAGAUCUCGAUGGGAAAAUAUAUAUGCCAAAGAAACUUAUCAUCAAACAUACACCAUAAACAUAAACGUGAGCUCCUCUCCUCUUCUUCAGGGCUUCUCAGUAUUGUGUGUGUGUGUGUGUCUGUGGGGUGAGUAUGUAAGUGUGUUGGAGACCGAGAUGGUAAGCCUGGCUGGUCUUGCAAGUAUGUCAAGCUCUUAUGUAGGAAUUGUACUGUAUGUGUCAUAUGAAGGUUUAUAGAUCCACACGUGUUUAUUUUUUAUUUUUUUAUUUUGGUUUUACAAAUCCAUCAAUCAAUACUGUGUCGAACAAUAGAGUAGCCUGAAGGGGAGACCCUAAGGGGGUGGUGGAGAGGAGAGGAGAGGAGAGGAGAGGAAAAGGGAAGGGGAGGAGAGGAGCUCAGUAAAGGCAUCUAGUCACCCCUUUCAGUCUCUGCCGCUUUUGUUUACACUAGGAUCAGUCAUUCGGGGCUGUCCUGCCAUGUCAGGGGCUGUGGAUUGGGUCCGCGUCCCACUCCACUGCUCCCUGGGUUGGGGACAGACCCAUUACGGCUGCAUGACCCAGCCAAAGGGAACCUCCCCAUUGUGGGGUAGAGACACUCCCUUGGCUGGGUCUCAGAAAUGAACAAUGUGCCUACUAUUCAAGGAUUAAAAAAAAAAAAAAACGAUGAAGCAAUCUUAAUUUAAUUAUCAUAUCACAUUCUUCUCAUGAAUUAUUAUAUUUUUAAAGACAAAAAAUGAUUGAUUCGUUUAAACUUUUUCUAUCUUUUUUUGCGCAUUAACUUGGUUACAAUUCUUGAUUUUUUUUCUUUUUUUUUUCUUUUUGGUCAAUAUUAAGUUAAAAUUGACUUUAUUUUUGACUGUAAAUAUUUGUGAAUAUUGUUAAUUGCACAUAUAAAUAUUGGAUAAUUAAUGAGUAAACCUUUCAUAUCAGCCCUUUAUUCAGUUCAAAACAAAAAAAAAGAGUCAGAAUAAUGCUAAUUUAUUGUGUUGAUGUGACUGGGUGUCAUGGAAAACCUGAACUGAUUUGUGGUUAAACUUUUUUGAUUAAAAUACAACUUUGGUGUGCA